CCAACGUGAAACUUCCCAAGUCACCACCAUCACCAUGUCCAAAUCCAAGGCUCAGAAGCGCAAGCGACAGGCUCAGGCUGCAGCGUCGAGCGGGCCUCCAUCCAAAGUCACAAAGACUACGACCGUCGAAGACUCCAAUGGUGGAAGUUCACCCUCCGCCACCACCGUCCUGGCGCCCUCGAACCUGCACACUGUCAUCUCGGACGAAGAGCUCGAAAUCACCGUCGAGACACUCCAAACCCUAUCACAAUACCCAAGUCUGAUCAAGGGGAAGUCUUGCAAGGACUUGCGAGUGGCUGUGUAUGACUUUCGCAAAGCAUCGACAACCGGCAACAAUGCAUCGACUGACGGAGGCAACCUUACUUCGCGCAUCACCGCGGCAUUGGCCGACGAAAAGUACCUGGAUGCCAGGGUUCUACUAGCGGAAAUGAGGAUCAGAUCUGAGGAACCGAAGCUCGGCGCUCUUUGUCGAUGGGUGAGGGAUCUGGACGUGAUCAGCCGAUUAUCUACUGUCAGGUCCGCUGAGGACGCCGCGCCCGCCGUCCGAAGCGACAACGAGCGUGGUCUUCUCAAUGUUCUUGAUGCUGUUCUUCGUACGGUUGGGCCAAUCGACUCGAAUCCGGCAGCCGUCACCCACCCGACUUCGCAGGUAGUCCUUCAGGACAUAUGGGAUCUUCGACCGUCUACGCCCAGCGAGCAGAUCCACGCCGCCGUACAGAAUGGCACAAUCUUCGAUACCCUGCAGAAGGACAACAUCUCUUCUCUCUUGCGUAUCAUCGAAACAACGCCAGCCCUCGAGCGCAAACCGCCAAACCAUCACGAUGCCAUUCUCUACACUACCGCGCCAGACGCUGUGUUGCUCUCGCAGACUCCAGAGACGCCCAUCAUCCACGAGCCGCAUCCCGUGGUUCCUGGACUCAGCCUCGCGAGGAACCUCCUCUCACCGCGCGAAUGCAAGUCCAUCAUUGCUGCAGGAGAGGCUGCCAACUUUGUGCCCGACGCACCCAUCCGUGACGACGGCCAGGUCAGCAUCCUCGCGCAUAACUUUUACUGGGUCAUCGAUGCGGCAUUCCACGACAAGCUGUGGGCUCGCAUCGCCCCGUACGUACCUUCCUCAAUCAAUGGACGUCAAGCCAGGGGCAUCAACCGCAGAUUCCGAGUAUAUCGGUAUGUUCCAGGUGCAGAGUACCGCUGCCACAUUGACGGUGCUUGGCCACCCUCUGGCAUCUUGCCCAAUGACAAGUAUGUGUACGAUGCGUCACCGCCCGGCAAGAAGCAGAGUUCGCUCUUCACCUUCCUCUUGUAUCUCAAUGACGAAUUCGAGGGCGGCGAGACCACAUUCUUCUUGCCGUCUGCUAAAGAGGGGACACUCAAUGCGUACCCCGUGCGGCCGGUCAUGGGCGCUGUCGCCAUUUUCCCCCACGGCGAGACCAAGGGCGCUCUUCUGCAUGAGGGUACUGGCGUGAGGAAAGGUGCCAAGUAUAUCAUUCGUUCGGAUGUCGAAUACGAUGUCGAGCCGACGGUGGGUGUGGAUUGAACGGUUAUGUGACGAUGGUGAAUUCGAGCCACCCCUUUCGCAACCGACGACGCCAUAAGAUUGAGAAGCGCCCUGCCCCUGAAUUUAAGGGUGCAAUCAAGGGAGGCAAAUUACUGCGUCGCCCGACACAGCGAGAAAGCCCUGCCCAUGGGGCCGUCAUGGCAAGAGGAACUAUGAGCCAGCGAUCGUCGUCGCAUGUAGUCUCAGCCGUCGGCCGGGCAAGCUCGACUUGCUCUCCACUCGGGGGCCAGGCAUUAAUCGUGCAUACAGUCAGGACCCUUGAGUUUGCUCAGGAGCACAUGACGCGCUCAACGCGGAUAGGGGUUGUCGGGAUUUCAGACAUGAGAUUGCCAUAUAAAGGACGAACAGAAUGUUCAUAGAUGAACAGAGCUGAUUUAAUAUCUGCGCAAAUUCCGCGACAUGAUGGUUGAAUAGAACU